AUGGCUCCUCUUCUUGGUCUGGUGUUUCUGCUCAUGAUUCAUGGAGUUUAUGGGCAGUGUGAUUGGGGUGUGAGUUAUGGCUCUUCAAACAUCUGUGCAAUACAGGGGUCAACAGUGACAAUCUACUGUACUUAUAAAUACCCUAUUGAAUAUCAGAUCAUGAAAGCAUUCUGGACCAGAACAAAUGGAUGCUAUGCAGAUCUCUUAAUGGACCCUGAAUACAGUCAGAGGCUUCAGUAUCUGGGAGAUGAACAGCAGAACUGCACCAUCAGACUGAGUCAUGUGACACAGAAGGAUGAACACAUGUACUAUUGCAGAUUCAUAACCGAUAAACCUGAUGGAAAAUGGACCAGUGCUCCAGGAGUGUCUCUUACUGUCACAGAUCUUCAGGUGGAGUCUCCUGAGACAGUAACAGAGGGAGAUUCAGUCCGUCCGACGUGUAAAAGCAGCUGCGCUCUGACUGACAGAGCAACAUUCAUCUGGUACAGAAACUCACAGCCAUUAACUGAAAGAAGAGACAGAAACAAUCAACUCCUGCUGCAGUCAGUCAGAAGAGAGGAUGCAGGCAGAUACAGCUGUGCUCUACAGGAACACACUUACAUCUCUCCUGCUGUUCAGCUCAAUGUCAUGUAUCCUCCACAGAGCGUCUCAGUGUCCAUCAGUCCAUCUGGUGAAAUAGUGGAGGGAGAUUCAGUGACUCUGAGCUGCAGCAGUGACUCAAACCCACCUGCAGAAAUCAGCUGGUUUAAAGGAAGAAUGUUUGUAGGAUCUGGAAGAAUCUACAGCAUCUCAAAGAUCAGCUCUGAUGACAGUGGAGAAUACAAGUGCAAGUCCAGAAAUAAACAUGGAGAGAAAUACUCUGAUACUGUGAUGCUGAAUGUGAUGUACCCACCUAGGAACGUCUCAGUGUCCAUCAAUCCAUCUGGUGUAAUAGUGGAGGGAGAUUCAGUGACUCUGAGCUGCAGCAGUGAUUCAAACCCACCUGCAGAAAUCAACUGGGUUAAAGGAGGAACGUUUGUAGGAUCUGGAAGAAUCUACAGCAUCUCAAAGAUCAGCUCUGAUCACAGUGGAGAAUACAAGUGCAAGUCCAGAAACACACUUGGAGAAAAAUACUCUGAUGCUGUGACUUUAAACAUCAAGUACCCACCUAGGAAUGUCUCAGUGUCCAUCAAUCCAUCUGGUGAAAUAGUGGAGGGAGAUUCAGUGACUCUGAUCUGCAGCAGUGAUUCAAACCCACCUGCAGAAAACAACUGGGUUAAAGGAAGAAUGUUUGUAGGAUCUGGAAGAAUCUACAGCAUCUCAAACAUCAGCUCUGAUCACAGUGGAGAAUACAAGUGCAAGUCCAGAAAUAAACAUGGAGAGAAAUACUCUGAUGCUGUGACUUUGAAUGUCAUGUAUGCACCGAGGAAUGUCUCAGUGUUCAUAAAUGGAUCAGGUGAAAUAGUGGAAGGAGAUUCAGUGACUCUGAUCUGUAGCAGUGAUUCAAACCCUCCUGCUCAGAACUUCAGCUGGUUUAAGGAGAAUCAAAGCUCCUCUGUUGGAUCUGGACAGAGUUUCAGUGCACUACAGAGUGGACGCUUCUACUGUGAGGCUCACAAUCAACAUGGAUUUCAGCGAUCAAAAGCUGUUACUGUCAAUGUCAUGUACCCACCAAAGAGUGUCUCAGUGUCCAUCAGUCCAUCUGGUGUAAUAGUGGAGGGAGAUUCAGUGACUCUGAACUGCAGCAGUGAUUCAAACCCUCCUGCAGAAAUCAGCUGGUUUAAAGGAGGAACGUUUGUAGUAUCUGGAAGAAUCUACAGCAUCUCAAAGAUCAGCUCUGAUCACAGUGAAGAAUACAAGUGCAAGUCCAGAAACAAACAUGGAGAGCAAUACUCCCAUGCUGUGACUUUAAACAUCAUGUAUGCACCUAGAAACGUCUCAGUGUUCAUAAAUGAAUCUGGUGAAAUAGUGGAAGGAGAGUCUGUGACUCUGUUUUGCAGCAGUGAUUCAAACCCACCUGCAGAAAUCAGCUGGUUUCAGGAGAAUCAAAGCUCCUCUGUUGGAUCUGGACAGAGUUUCAGUGCACUACAGACUGGACGCUUCUACUGUGAAGCUCACAAUCAACACGGAUCUCAGAGAUCAGAUGCUGUUACUGUCACAGAUGCACCGAGGAAUGUCUCAGUGUUCAUAAAUGGAUCAGGUGAAAUAGUGGAAGGAGAUUCAGUGACUCUGAUCUGUAGCAGUGAUUCAAACCCUCCUGCUCAGAACUUCAGCUGGUUUAAGGAGAAUCAAAGCUCCUCUGUUGGAUCUGGACAGAGUUUCAGUGCACUACAGAGUGGACGCUUCUACUGUGAGGCUCACAAUCAACAUGGAUUUCAGCGAUCAAAAGCUGUUACUGUCAAUGUCAUGUACCCACCAAAGAGUGUCUCAGUGUCCAUCAGUCCAUCUGGUGUAAUAGUGGAGGGAGAUUCAGUGACUCUGAACUGCAGCAGUGAUUCAAACCCUCCUGCAGAAAUCAGCUGGUUUAAAGGAGGAACGUUUGUAGUAUCUGGAAGAAUCUACAGCAUCUCAAAGAUCAGCUCUAAUCACAGUGAAGAAUACAAGUGCAAGUCCAGAAACAAACAUGGAGAGCAAUACUCCCAUGCUGUGACUUUAAACAUCAUGUGUAAGUUGAUAAUGGUUCAAUAACUGGUAUCAAACAGAUUAGUUGGUUAACAAUUGUAAAACAUGAUCGUGACACUUCAUUUGUCUGGUUAAGAUGCACCUAGAAACG